AUGUUGUCGAAGCUCAUCCGCCGCAUGCGCGGAAGCAAGAAGGACUCCGAUGUCGCCCAACUCCUGCCGAUGAUCGACCGCCUCUCCAAUCAGAGAGCGACCCUUCAACAGGAUCUCUCCGAAGCAUCCGAGACGAUCAGCUCGCUCAGGGCGCAACUUGCAGAGUACGAUCUCCUGGUGACACAUCUGCAAUCCCGGACCCACAUGUCUACUACCCCUCCGACGCCACAUACGGAUGACAUCCAGACAAGUAUCCAAGAAGGCCCAGACACCUGGAUCGCUAACAUCUGGCUCUCCUCCGACAACGAGUCAGGACCCCUCGCAAAAGCAGAACAACAAUGGCAAGACGGAUGCCCCGAUUUCGCCAUGGACAUUGUCUCGCGCGCGAUCUGCACCGAUCCAUUCCUCCCCCCAGUCGAAGAGAUCCGCUGUCGCAUCUUUGUAGCCGCAGUCCUACACUCGCUGGGACGUUACGAAGAAUCCAACAAGCGCGUGGAUGUUGCCCUUCAGAUGCUCUCGCGCCAUGACCUCUUUGACAGCUCACACACCCGGCACUUCACCGGCGUGGCGCAUUACAUCCGUGGACGGAACCUACUGACCCUGAAAGAAUUCACCGAGGCUUACUGGUCGCUCGCCCGCGCGCUGUGCACGCCUGGGUACCACACCAAGUCUCGCCACUACCAGCGGAAAGCCAUUGAAGAUUUUACCCGCGAAGAGGCUGUGGAUGGACACAGUGUCUCUUCGAAGGCAUCCAUUCGUCCCCUGCUUGGAUCGGCUGACAGCAGAAGCUCACUCUGUCUAGUUUCCCCUGAUCUCUCCUCGCAGACCUCGCCUGACCACACCAUGGAGACAACCGUUUUCACUGUGCGAGAACCCGCAUGCUCUCCGGCUCGAUCGAUCGAUGAAACGGUUUUUGCUGAUUUUUCUACAGUUGUGUCCGUAUCUGAUGUAGAGAAAUAG